AUGAAGCUCUACGUUGGCAACGACACUUGUGCGCGAGCCGCCCAGCUGGUUGCUAACGAACUUGACGUUAGACAUGAACUUGUUUAUGUCGACGUCCUUACCAAGGCUACGUCAAAUGGAGAGGAUUUUGCAACCAUAAAUCCCCUUCUUUAUGUCCCUGCUCUUAGACUAGAUAACUAUGACCAGGACCAUCACUAUCUCUUCCUACUUGGCCGACCAGGACCCAGAAUCUGGAAUGCUUCCACCGCCUGGUACCUUGGAACGCGUGAAGGCAGACCAGUUCCUAGUUCAGAUUACGACUGA